AUGGCCCCUCAAAGAGAGAUCCAUAACGAAAAGCCCAUGGAGCGGCUCGAGUCCUGGGAUAUGGUAUCCAUGUGGCUCGGUGAGAAGCAGGACGAUAUCCAGGACUGGUGGGACUUCUGUGGACCGCAACUGGCGACACUCGCCCAUGAAGCUGGCUAUAGCCCUAUGGCCCAGAUUGAACUACUUCUCUUCUUUCGCUCAAUUGUUUUACCAAAGAUUGGACGAUUCCCUCAUCCUUGCCGUCCAAAUUCAUGCGCCCAAACCCGAAGCAUACUCACCUAUGACGGGUCCCCUAUUGAGUAUAGUUGGAGAUGGAAUGUUUCUGCCAGCGACCGUCCCCAGAUCCGGUUUUGCGUCGAGCCAGCUGGACAUAGCUCAUGUGCCAGUGAGACUGUGGCUGGUAAGCUUCGUGCAACAGAUGGAAUCCUGGUGCAACUUGCAAAGCGACUGCCGAAUCUAGACCGUGGAUGGUACUAUUAUUUCCUAGACUCGUUGCACAUUGGCCGUUGGACAAAUGGUCCUCUCCAUGAUGACACACGUCCUUGGCAGGGACGAACACCACGAGUGCCAGUUGCCUUUGAAUUUACGCCGAAAGGAAUUUUCGCUAAGGUUUACUUCACUCCGCCAGCCACACCCGACAGUAUGACCUCUUUCAACACCAUUGCGCAUGCUGUGCGGCCAAUUUGUGACAAAGAUACUGCGGCCCUGAAUGAGUGUAUGUCGUACUUUGCCAGCGACCCUGUUGGGGCUACUGUUCGACCGGAUGUCUUGGCCAUUGACUGCGUCUCGCCUCUGAACUCACGUAUCAAACUGUAUGCAGGAACACCACUGACUACGUUCACGAGCGUCGUGUCCGUGAUCACGUUGGGCGGUCGCAUUUCAGUGCCUCAAAGUUCCAUCGAGGAGAUGUGGGCCUUGUUCCGCAUGGUCCUAUCGCUUGACGACAAUUUCUCGCGAGAUGAGGAACUCCCCGUGCAGAGUCCAUUCCAACCCAGCCACGCACACCGCGAAGACCACUAUAGCGGCUUACUCUACUACUUCAACCUUGCGCCGGGGGCACAGCUACCUGACGUGAAACUAAACAUACCCGUGAUCCGGUACGGGCGUUCAGACGAAGAUAUUGCACACGGGCUCCAACGAUUUAUGAUUUCGAGGCAGCGGGGACAAUACGUAGACGGAUUCCAGCGUGUUAUGGAAAUGAUUAGCCAGAGGCAGCAGCCCGGAAACGGACAUCGUAUACAAACAUAUAUCUCAUGUUCGGUUGAGAAGGACGGUUCUUUAUCAUUGACCUCGUACCUCAAUCCUGGAGUGUAUUGCUCAUCUGGAGCAUCCGAGGUCUAAACUUCUGAACAAGAGAUUCGAAGCAAAGGCUGUUUUGUACUCUUUGGCGCUUAUGGCUAGAUAUACAAUCAGUUGACAUGAUUUGGUUUCCUUUGACCUUAUUGAUUCCCUGUGAUGUAGGCUAGGACAGUUG